CAUUAUGACAUUUUAAAGGAUAAACAAGAUUUUUUUCGUUUUAUCAUUGUUAAUUUGUUAUAGCGACUGUUUAGAAAUUAAAGUACUUAAUUCGAAAUUGCUAGUGCUGAAGUAAAUAAUGUAAUAUAAUUUAAUUACCAUCAUACUCAACAGUUACUAUCAAAAAUAAGUUAUAAAAGUUUUAAUGUCUUACGGUAUGUGUCGAGAGUGAGCGCGGCGAUGUUGCCGCUCCGUCUGCGACGUGUGAGCGGCCACGAGGGUCGUGCUAACGACAUCCUCUUCAUGCCCGCUAUGAGGCCAUUACAAUCUCCGGAGACACUCGUCUUUUUUGGGGGUGAUGUUCAGGAUUAUCCGGAAGUGAUGCAAGCUCACCGAGAUAAUAGAAACUACUUAAAAUGGAACCUGGAGAACACAGCGCGCCUGCUCUCAACCAACUACCCCACCAAACACAUAGUGGUCGUAAGACCAGCCAGGAUAGAGUACAAAAGCUUCAGCUGCUACGAUAACUUCGUUCCCAGCAACAACGCGGGCGUGCCCGACCACACGCCCACACACAGCGCGCUCCAUCACCUUGAAAGAUUACUCCAAGGUGUAACAAACAGGUUGAAGACUUUCCCAACUCCUGAACUGUUGGAAGCAGUUUCUUCAGUAUCAUUGCCCGAAGAAAUAGAUAUAGAAGAGUUACAUAAUGUUCUCAAUAAUCAGUUCUAUUGUAUUUUUUUUUUGUUUUUCAGAGAAUCAGACCCGCUGUGGUGGCGAGAAAACCUGGCCUUGGAUGAGAGUAACCUCACUUUGGUGGGGUUCAGCAAAGGAUGCGUUGUUCUGAAUCAGCUCAUCUACGAGUUUCAUUACACUAAGACUCUGACACCCGGUGACGCUCACAUGAUGAGGUUUAUAGCGCGGGUUCAGAGCAUGGUGUGGCUAGAUGGUGGCCACGCGGGCGGCAAGAACACUUGGAUUACGUCGCGCAGCCUACUGGAGACUCUUACUCGCCUAGAUGUGAACGUGUUUAUCCACGUGAGCCCAUAUCAAGUGCAAGACGAAAGCCGGCCCUGGAUAGGUCGAGAGGAGAAGACCUUCACCGGGCUGCUGAAGAAGUUAGGAGCAAAGGUGAGCCGGUACCUCCACUCGCAGCCCGGGGCUCCGCAGUCCCUCCACAUGCACUUCGAGGUGCUGGGCGGCUUCAAGGGCCUGCAGGACUCCUGCCCCGCAGCCCUGCCCGACGCCUCCGAUGAGGACGCCUAGCUCACACCCACCUAGGCAACCUACCCAGCAGAUG